AUGGGCUACAUGAAUCAGAUCUUCCAACCUUACUUGGAUCGAUUCGUGGUCGUAUUCAUCGACGAUACUAAUAUACUCGAAAAGCAAAGAAAAGCAUGCAGAGAUCCAAUUGUGCUACAAGUAUUGCGAGAGAAACAACUAUAUGUGAAACCAUCGAAGUGCGAAUUCUGGCUGCCAGAGAUCCAAUUUCUUGGACAUGUAAUCUUAGAUAAAGGAGUAGCAGUGGAUCCCAGUAAGAUCGAAGCAGUAGUAGACUGGGAACGACCAAAGACUGUCACAGAGAUAAGGAGCUUCCUUGGACUAGCAGGGUAUUAUCGGAGAUUCAUCGAAUGGUUCUCGAAGAGGGUGUUGCCACUUACCCGAUUGACAAGAAAGGAAGUCCCUUUCAUGUGGACCCAAGAAUGUGAAGCCUGUUUCCAAGAGUUAAAAAGAAUGCUGACAACAGCUCCAGUACUGAAGCUGCCAGACUCGGAGGAAUCAUUCGAGAUCUUAGACGAACUACUAGAAAGGAUCAAACAUGCUCAGCAAGCCGUCAACUGCUUGAAGAGACUGAGGAACCAAUCUGGUGUUAGCCUAAACCAGCAAGGCAUAGUUACUUUCCAAGGGAGGAUAGUUGUCCCUACAAAACUCCUGAGCGAGGAAGUCAUGGAGCUGGCGCAUAAGAGUCAAUACUCAAUACACCCAGGAGCCACCAAGAUUUACGCAGACUUGAAGAAGAACUUCAGGUGGAAAGGAAUGAAAAGAGACGUGGGAAGGUACGUGAGAAAAUGCAUGGUGUGCCAGAAAGUAAAGAUUGAACAUCAGCGACCUGCAGGCACCCUACAACCCUUGAACAUCCCGGAGUGGAAAUGGCAGAGUAUAUCUAUGAACUUCGUAACAGGUUUACCCAGAACUCAAGCAGGCUACGAUGCCAUCUGGGUGGUGGUCGAAAGAUUGACCAAAUCAGCACACUUUAUACCGGUGAAAGGGACUUACACGACAGAGAAGUUGGCUCAGAUCUAUGUGAAGGAAAUUGUAAGGUUGCACGGCGUCCCUGAGAGCAUAAUCAGUGAUCGAGAUCCUAAGUUUACAUCCCAAUUCUGGUCUUCAUUGCAACAGGCAUUCGGGACCCAGCUGUGA